AUGCCGCUUAAAUUUGUCCCCAGAGCUUUGAACUCGGAAGACUCUAUGCGCCUCGCGCUGCUUCACAUGCUGCGGCACGAGCACGCCGUCAUUCUUCAGACAUUUGCCGGCAACGCGGCAGCGCCGCGGGGAAGGCCGCCGCGUUCGCUGCCGUCCGCCUUCUGCGGCUCAAGAGAAGGGGCAGAGGGGGCGCCGCGCCGCGAGGAAGUAGCGCCGCCGCAGCUGCCGCAGUUGGUCUACGGAACUUCGCGUCAGACGCUGGGGCCCGCGGCUCGGGCAGCGGAGGCGACGGGUUUGCCCCUGCCACAUCCCCCGCAGUUUCCUGCGGAGCGGCCGCCGCGGCUGUUCCUUUCGCUUUCGUUGCCACACUUUGACCUGCCGCUAGUGUUCGCGGCGCCGCGUCGUGGGACGCGAGACUCGCCGCGGGCUCGCCGCCGGGCGUGGCUGCCGCCGGCGGUGACGGCCAAAGACGUCGCCGCGACGUGGGAGGAGAUGUGCGCAGCCUUCUGCGCCGCGUGGGACGUCACUGUGCGAGUGGAGGGUUCCCCGUCGCCGCUGCCGCUGCCGCUGCCGCCCUCCGCGGAGCAGCCACCUCCGCCGCCGUCGCGGGACGGGCGGGCCACGCCGCUGUACCCCGCCGUUGUGCCAUGCCGGACGAUGUGCCGGCAGCAGCGGCGGCGCGAGCGCGUGCCGCCAGCUGUUUAUGCUGCGGGCUGGCUGGAAGACGUUCGGCCGGCGUUCACGGCGCAGGCCGCGGCGCUGCGGCGGUGCUUCCUUGCCGCGACGCGGGCUCCGUCCGGCGCUGCCGCCGCACAGCCGCCUCCACCGCCAGUCGUCGCGGUGGUCGACACGCCGCGCGUAAGCAGCGCCGGCGACGCGGGUGGGAGGUUCGAGUUGCCCCGCAUCGUCGUCCCGCCGCUUCCGCGCGGGGAGGGCGUGCGGAAAGCACUCCAACAGUUGCGCUUGCAGCCGUUCCUCCCACGAGCGUCGCCGCAGUGCAUGACGCGCGCCACGGAGCUGCGGUUUCCCGACGGAAAACACGUGCGGCAGACGCUGUCGCUGCGGAACACCGCGAAGGAGCGGCUGCAGGAGUUGUGCGCCUCGCGUUGCCCGCCGCGACGACGACGGCGGCGGCGGCAGGCUACCGGGUGGUUCUCGGGCGGCACAUUCUGCGUGGCGCAAGGCCGCGACCUCGCCGCCGCCGCUCUGCAUCCCUCGGCGGUGUUGUCAGCCGCCUCGCACUUGAGGCCACCGGGCCGCUCUGCCGUGAAGCGGCGGUGCGCCGAUGUUCCUCAGCCGCCGCCACCGCCCGUGGUGCACGUGCACGCCGCAGCCGUCUUCGCUCCCUCCACGUGGCAGCCGUUAACUUUCGCGGCGGAGGAAAACUCUGACGCCUGCGGUGCGGAAGGCGCAAAGAUCGCUCCUUGGCGUGUCUUUCCGCGCGAGGUGGAGCUGCAGACCUUCCAGCAGCUGUUCGAGCGGAGGCUGAGGCGGCGUGGCACGGCGAGGCAAGACGCGGAGGAGGAGGAGGAGGAUUAUGACGCGGAUGGGGAGGCGUGGUGCCAUGCGGCCUUUCUGCACGACGUUCACACCAUGCCGCUGCCGUAUCGCGAGGCUACUGCUCUCAUUGAUGACGCCAGGCUACACUACUGUUAUCGUCUGGCGCUGCACCGGGAGCGGCGGCGCCUUGGCCUUUGA